GGUUCCGCGUUUCUAAGGAACCCCAGGCCGGCGGGGAGCCACGGCCUGGAGAGGGUGUCCCGCGGGGGGUACACACAGUAGGCUCUCUUGCGCACAGUAGGCCUCGGGCAGCAUUUCUCUCGGCCGUUUCUGCCUCCCUGGCUGAAUUCGUUUGCGAUAACUGGGGCCGAUUUCUUCUUCGGGAAGGAGAAGUGCACAGUUUUACAGCGGGCGAAGUGAUGGGGAAAAUGUCACCCACACCGUCGCCUCCCCUCAGCCUGGCGCUUAGUGGGGGCCCCUCCUCCAGCGCGAGGAGGAGGAAACAGGCAUCCAUUGCCACCACGUUCUUUUGAGAUGGGAUGGGGGUCAUCGGGUUGAGAGGCGCAGAGCUCAGCUGUGAAAACCAGGGUUUAGUCUCAGUCUUGGGAACUACCUGCCCCGGAGUCCCAGCGUUUGUGGUCCCGAAGCAGCCCCGGGCAGUUUGUGCAGUCAAGCUGGCUGGGAAAGGACCCUGCUUGGGCGCUGGGAAGGCGGUGCCUGUCUGGGACGCAAUGGAAGAUGGAGUUUUGGCGUUAAAUGAUGAUGACCUUGACGAUGACUGUCAGAUACCAAGCUUCCACAAAUGUGAGAUCUGUUUGCUGUCUUUUCCAAAAGAGUCUCAGUUUCAGCGUCACAUGAGGGAACAUGAGCAAAAUGACAAGCCACACCGUUGUGACCAGUGCCCCCAAACAUUUAAUGUUGAAUUCAACUUGACACUUCAUAAGUGUACACACAAUGCAGAGGAUCCUGUCUGUCCUGUGUGCAACAAGAGGUUCUCCAGAGUGGCCAGUCUCAAAGCACAUAUUAUGCUCCAUGAGAAGGAAGAGAACCUCAUCUGCUCUGAGUGUGGGGAUGAGUUCACGCUGCACAGCCAGCUGGCCAUACACAUGGAGGAGCACCGACAGGAGCUGGCCAACAACCGAGUCCACACCUGCAAGGCCUGUAAGAUGGAGUUCGAGACGACGCCCGAGCUGAAGGAACACAUGAAGGCUCACUGUAAAGCUAGGGCAUCAGGUACAAGAACUUACAAUCGGAACAUUGACAGAAGCGGCUUCACGUACUCGUGUCCACACUGUGGAAAGACAUUUCAAAAGCCCAGUCAGUUAACGCGACAUAUAAGAAUACACACAGGUGAAAGGCCAUUCAAAUGCAGUGAGUGUGGAAAAGCUUUUAACCAGAAAGGGGCACUGCAGACCCACAUGAUCAAGCACACAGGAGAAAAGCCACAUGCCUGUGCCUUUUGUCCUGCUGCCUUUUCUCAGAAGGGGAACCUGCAGUCCCAUGUGCAAAGGGUCCACUCAGAGGUAAAAAACGGGCCCACUUAUAACUGUACAGAAUGUAGCUGCAUCUUUAAAAGUUUAGGUAGCUUAAAUACUCACAUCAGCAAGAUGCAUAUGGGUGGACCCUCCAACUCCACAGGUUCUACAGAGACUGCACAUGUUAUAACGGCCACGAUCUUUCAGACUUUGCCUCUGCAGCAGGUGGAAGCCCAGGUCUCAUCAGUCUCUAGUCAGCAGAAUUCUCAGGCAGUGACUGAUGUCAUUCAGCAGCUUCUGGAACUGUCUGAGCCGGGGCCAGUGGAGGCACAGCAGUCCCCACAGUCUGGGCGACAACUGAGUGUGACAGUGGGCAUCAACCAGGACAUCCUCCAGCAAGCCUUAGAAAACAGUGGGCUGUCUUCACUUCCAGUUGCAGCACCUCCCAGCGACUGCAGCCAUGCUCAGACGUCCACAGUGUCUCCUCAGAGUCCACAUGCCUCUAGUGUCUCUGCUGAGCAAGCCGAUUCCAUAGAUGCAGAGCAGGAAAAGGGACAGGAAAGUCCUGAGAAGACAGAGAGGAAAGAGAAGAAGAUUAUGAAGAAGAAAUCACCGUUUCUACCUGGCUCCAUUCGUGAGGAGAACGGGGUACGGUGGCAUGUGUGUCCCUACUGCACAAAGGAGUUCCGGAAGCCCAGUGACCUUGUGCGCCACAUCCGCAUCCACACCCACGAGAAGCCCUUCAAGUGUCCACAGUGUUUCCGGGCCUUUGCCGUGAAGAGCACGCUGACUGCUCACAUCAAAACUCACACUGGCAUCAAGGCCUUCAAGUGCCAGUACUGCAUGAAGAGCUUUUCCACCUCAGGGAGCCUCAAGGUGCACAUCCGCCUCCACACAGGAGUUAGACCUUUUGCUUGUCCUCACUGUGAUAAAAAAUUUCGAACCUCAGGCCAUAGGAAGACUCAUAUAGCUUCUCACUUUAAACACACGGAACUGCGGAAGAUGAGGCACCAGCGCAAGCCUGCAAAGGUUCGGGUGGGCAAGACCAAUGUUCCUGUCCCCGAUAUUCCUUUGCAAGAACCAAUUCUCAUAACGGACUUGGGUCUUAUCCAGCCCAUCCCAAAAAACCAAUUUUUCCAAAAUUAUUUUAAUAAUAAUUUUGGCAAUGAAGCAGAUAGACCCUACAAAUGUUUUUACUGUCAUCGAGCAUACAAAAAGUCUUGCCAUCUUAAACAGCACAUCAGAUCACAUACGGGUGAAAAACCUUUCAAAUGUUCGCAGUGUGGCAGAGGCUUCGUCUCUGCAGGAGUGCUCAAAGCACAUGUUCGGACACACACUGGACUGAAGUCUUUCAAGUGUCUGAUCUGCAAUGGAGCCUUUACCACAGGUGGCAGCUUACGGCGACAUAUGGGCAUACACAACGACCUCCGCCCCUACAUGUGUCCCUAUUGCCAGAAAACAUUUAAGACUUCACUAAACUGCAAAAAACACAUGAAAACCCAUAGAUACGAACUAGCCCAGCAGCUCCAGCAGCAUCAGGAAGAGUCCUCCAUAGACGACAGCGCAGUGGACCAGCAGAGCAUGCAAGUGUCAGCUCCCAUGCCAGUGGAGAUUGAAAGUGCGGAACUGCAGCAGACCCCAGAGACCGUGGCAGCAGAUCCUGAAGCUAUACUGGAACUGGGGCCCCAGCAUGUGGUAGGCACAGAAGAUGCGGAACUUGGACAGCAAUUGGCAGAUGAGCCUUUGGAAGCUGAUGAAGUGUGCACUUCUUUCUCUUUGCCCUUAGAUGGGUUUACAGCUCCCCCGGAUGCUCUCCCAGGACACAUGGACCAGUUUGAAGAUCAAACUACUCCACAGCAGUCUUUUGAAUCUGCAGGACUCUCACAAGGUUUCACAGUCACUGACACAUACAGUCAGCAGACUCCAUUCCCAGCUGUGCAGCAGCUGCAGGAUUCUAGCACACUUGAGUCCCAGGCCUUGUCAACGAGUUUCCACCAGCAAAACUUACUGCAGGUCCCAAGCUCCGAUGCCAUCGAUGUGGCAACUCGUUUGCUUCCAGAGUCAUCUCAAGAGGAUCUAGACCUACAGCCACCGCGUCCACAGUUCCUGGAGGACCGCGAGGAGCAGAGCAGACGCUCUUACAGAUGUGACUAUUGCAACAAAGGCUUCAAGAAAUCCAGCCACUUGAAGCAGCAUGUGCGCUCACACACGGGGGAGAAACCGUACAAGUGCAAGCUCUGUGGGCGUGGUUUUGUUUCCUCUGGCGUCCUCAAGUCUCAUGAGAAGACACAUACAGGGGUCAAGGCCUUCAGCUGCAGCAUCUGCAGUGCCUCCUUCACCACCAAUGGCAGCCUCACGCGGCACAUGGCCACACACAUGAGCUUGAAGCCUUACAAGUGUCCGUUCUGCGAAGAGGGCUUUCGCACAGCGAUUCACUGUAAAAAGCACAUGAAGAGACACCAGGCAGUCUCAUCUGCAACCUCAGCAGCUGCAGACACAGAGGGAGGAGACACGUGUGUGGAGGAUGAGGAAGAAAAUUGUGACAGAAGUGCAUCAAAAAAGCCUCGUCCUGAGGUCAUCACUUUCACAGACGAGGAAACAGCCCAGCUGGCCAAAAUUCAGCCCCAGGAGAGUGCUACAGUGUCUGAGAAGGUCCUGGUGCAGUCAGCUGCAGAGAAGGACCGCAUCAGUGAGAUGAAGGAUAAGCAAGCAGAGCUUGAGGCUGAACCCAAGCAUGCCAACUGCUGCACAUACUGUCCUAAGAGCUUCAAGAAACCCAGCGACCUGGUGAGGCACGUUAGAAUCCAUACUGGAGAGAAGCCAUAUAAGUGUGAUGAAUGUGGGAAGAGCUUUACUGUGAAGUCCACACUAGAUUGCCACGUGAAGACUCACACGGGCCAGAAGCUGUUCAGUUGUCAUGUCUGCAGCAACGCCUUCUCCACAAAAGGAAGUCUGAAGGUGCACAUGCGCCUGCACACAGGGGCAAAGCCUUUCAAGUGCCCUCACUGUGAGCUGCGCUUCCGUACUUCUGGGAGGAGGAAGACUCAUAUGCAGUUUCAUUACAAAUCAGAUCCUAAGAAAGCCAGGAAGCCUGUGACCCGAAGCUCAUCAGAGAGUCUGCAGCCUGUGAGCCUCCUCAACUCCCCUUCCACUGACCCCAAUGUGUUCAUCAUGAACAACUCUGUUCUAACAGGGCAGUUUGACCAGAAUAUGCUUCAGCAAGGGCUGGUGGGUCAAGCUAUCCUUCCUGCCUCUGUUUCAGCUGGUGGGGACUUGACAGUGUCUCUGACUGAUGGGAGUUUGGCCACUCUGGAAGGUAUCCAAUUACAGCUGGCUGCUAAUUUGGUUGGACCAAAUGUUCAGAUUUCUGGAAUUGAUACCUCCAGCAUCAACAAUAUCACUCUACAGAUUGACCCGAGCAUUCUGCAGCAAACACUACAGCAGGGCAACCUGCUUGCUCAGCCAAUCACAGCAGAGCCUGGCACCGGCUCACAGAACAACUCUCUUCAGGCAUCAGACAGCACUGUCCCAGCCAGUGUUGUCAUCCAGCCCAUCUCAGGCCUGUCCUUACAGCCCACAGUGACGUCUGCCAAUCUGACCAUUGGCCCGCUCUCUGAGCAGGACUCCGUGCUGACUACCAGCAGCAGCGGGACACAGGACCUCACUCAAGUGAUGACUUCACAAGGCCUUGUAUCCACUUCGACGGGCCCCCACGAGAUCACCCUGACCAUCAACAACUCAAGUCUCAGCCAGGUCCUUGCCCAGGCUGCUGGCCCCACUGCCACAUCAUCCUCGGGCUCUCCGCAGGAGAUCACGCUGACAAUCUCUGAACUUAAUCCUACGAGUGGGAGCCUUCCUUCAACAACACCGAUGUCACCAUCAGCCAUUUCAACCCAGAACCUGGUUAUGUCUUCAUCAGGUGUGGGUGGUGAUGCCAGUGUCACGCUGACCCUGGCUGAUACUCAGGGCAUGUUGUCUGGAGGUCUGGACACAGUUACACUGAAUAUCACCUCUCAGGGCCAGCAAUUCCCAGCAUUGCUCACGGAUCCCUCUCUCUCAGGCCAAAGUGGAGCAGGCUCACCACAAGUCAUAUUAGUGAGCCACACUCCACAGUCCUCGGCUGCUGGUGAAGAAAUAGCUUACCAGGUGACUGAUGUCUCUGCCCAGCUGACCCCUACCAGCCAGCCUGAAAAGGAGGGCCCUUUACACCAGUGCCUGGACUGUGAGCGUGCCUUCUCAUCAGCCGCGGUGCUCAUGCACCACAGCAAGGAGGUGCAUGGGAAGGAGCGGAUCCAUGGCUGCCGGGUCUGCAGAAAGGCCUUCAAGCGUGCCACACACCUAAAGGAGCACAUGCUGACACACCAGGCUGGUCCUUCGCUCAGCUCUCAGAAGCCCAGAGUAUUCAAGUGUGACACCUGCGAGAAGGCGUUUGCCAAACCAAGCCAGCUGGAGCGGCACAGCCGCAUUCACACAGGGGAGCGGCCGUUCCACUGCACUCUCUGUGAGAAGGCCUUCAACCAGAAGAGCGCGCUGCAGGUGCACAUGAAGAAGCACACUGGCGAGCGGCCCUACCGGUGUGACUACUGUGUAAUGGGCUUCACACAGAAGAGCAAUAUGAAACUGCACAUGAAGCGAGCGCACAGCUUUGUGGGAACCUUGCAGGCAACCGCUGUGGUCCAGGAACAGGACGGGGAAGAGCUAAGGACCCUUCACUUAGAGGAAGUGGUGCAGGAGGCAGCGGGCGAGUGGCAGACCCUAACCAAUGUGUUCUGAUGCUAUGGAAGAAGGCUAAGAGCAUCCAUGAAGUUACAUUUUUGAAGAUUAGAUCACGCAGAGUUUCUGUUUUAAAACUUCAAGUGUUAAAAAUCUAUAAUUUUUUUUUUUUUUUAGUUAAAUUAUUUGAAGAAUCAUUGCCAUUCAAAGACUGACAGGAAAAAACUGGGAAAUAUACAACUGCACUGUUUCCAUUGUCUACAAAUCACAGAACCUGGGCACUGCCACGGUCUCUUUCGCCUUCUCAUGGCUGUGUAUGUCCUUAGCAGGUGACCUGGAUCUGAAUAUCAUUGCAGUGAGAUUUGUGCUAGCAAAAGACAGUAUGGAAAAUCGCACGUAUGAUAUUGCAUGAAAUUCAGAAGCGGUGCCAUUACACACGGACGUUUUUCCACUUUUUACUCUGCGUUUUGCUAAUUAGUAACAGUCAGUUGUUUUUAGCCAACUCUUCCAUUAGUGUAACUGAUGCCUUGAGAGACGGCUGGGCCCGUUCUCUCCGUCACAGACACUUGAUCCCUAGUUAGAAGAACACAGAUCUGGCAAUAGCAGGGCCACGGAGAAAACCUGACCCGCAGGCGAGGACCAGCUGUUCACAUGGAUGUCCACACGCUUGCUGCAUGAGUCUGUCCAGUCACAUGUAUUUGAUCACUGCAGAAGCACAAGCCAUACCCUGUGAGCAGGAAGUGACAGAGUUGUCUCUUAGGAGACAGGAAGCUGUUCCUCUCCACCUCAGUAUAUUUAUCUGUAUUUUAAGGCUAAGGACUUACAAAAAUCCUGCGACUUUCCUCCUCAUGCAUACCGGAGGUGUGUUUUCAUUUCAGGGAAUCCUCCAGUGUCGUCAGCAGUGCCACACGAGACACAUCCCAAACCAAACCCUCCUGCGCUGGCUGAGCAGUGCGCCUCAGCAUUCCAAAGACAGUAGGUCCCCCACCUCAUAUCAACUCCCUGGAAACUAUUUAUAUGUUCUAUAUGUGAAUACCUGUGUACAUAGACAGAUAUAUGGGCCUCCAUGUGGCUGAGAAGUCUAUUUUGUAAAUAGAAGCACUAGUCCACAUCGCAGAGCGCAUCGGAGGCCACUCCCUGGUGCACUUCAGACCGGUGUCGUGUUCAUUCUGUUAAUAAAUGGAUAUCUUCUUCAUUGUAACAUAAAGCUGGGCUCUAUUUUUUUUUCUGAAAAAAAAAAGUUGCCUUUAUUUUCUCUCAUUGCCUCAUUGGUUUCCGAAGAGAGCAGUUUUAUUAUAAAUAUUGUGUGGACUUGUUCACUAAAAGUCCUGGAGAGAGACAUUUCACUGUUAUUUUAAAAGGGCAUCUUUUGAUUUUGUUCAUUUUGUCAUCUGUAUAUAAGUAAUAUUGACAGUGACAUAAAAACUUUUGUUAUGUGAAAAUAUUUAAGUCAGAGAACUGUUAAAUAUUAUUACUUUUUUUUCCAAACUGAUUUGUGUAUUGUAUAUUUUUUUAAGAAGAAAAAAGCCUUACUUGACUUCUUGUGAUACUGGACUUAAAGCCCCAAGGCUCCCUGAAUGUCAGUGUGUACACCGGCUGAGGUCGUGUUUCCAGAGUAAUUGUAAUCACGAGAGUUCUAAAGUCUCUGCUACUAAUGCACUUUUUCUUUCAUUUUUUUAUUAAAGUAUUUUAGAAAUAUUAAUUUUAGUGAACAGAUAUCCCCCAAAUUGAAAUUAUUGGAUUUAAAAUUUUUGUUCUUGCUGGGUUAUUUAUUUUCCUUUCAGCAUUAAAUGUCAUCUCAGGACAUCUGUAAAGAGGUUGGCUACUUCCUGGUUGUGUAGUGAAUGCGAGCGCCGACUGUGGCCAUCAAUUGCUUGUAUAAGUAAGACUUUACCGGGUGAAUCUGAAGCCUGCUUUUGGUUAAAGAAAAGAAAAUCUACCAGGAGUCAAUUACUUUUUGUAUUUUCUCAGUUUACCAGCAAACAAACAUGGCUUGUGUGUGUUUUGAUUUCCUUCCUUACCGUCAACGCUGCUUCUUUGCCAACAUUCCUUGAAAAUACAAGGUUUUGAGAAGAUAACUCACUUGAAUAUUUUGGUUUACAGGUUGAUCUCUGUAUUUUAAUGUUUGGAAUAUUGUUAUAGGAAAGUUAUUCCUCAUGUAUAACCAGGGUUUGGAGGACAGAGAACUGUAUUUUUAGAACUCUCUAUAUAACAUAUCUGUUUUGAGAUAACUAAAUGCAAAAUGACAUUAGGAAAUGUGAUAUAUGUGUUUUGUUUUGUUUUUAAAUCAUGUUUCAGAAUCACUAGGUGGGUGGGGAAUAAAUUUCAGGUAUUUUUAGCAGAAAAGAAAACUGUAAUGAGAUUUCUUUUACCUGUGUGAAGUCCAGAGAAUGCAUUUCCUCUUGGUUCUCCCUGAAGCACGUCGACAGCUUGGAUAUGACCCUUAACAGAAAGUCCUGUGUCCGGCGCAGCCCUGCGGGUGCCACUUACUCCUUCAGUACAGGAGCCUGUUGGUCCCUGGAGGAGGCUCCAGGUUGGCAGAAGAACAGCCAAGCCUAUCCCUGAAGGCAUGAUGCUGCUAAUCACGAGUACAGCUGAGGAGGCCAAGGGAACAGGAUGACCCGGCAUGGACACAUCCUUCAGAAGGUUAUAGGUCAAAGUGGACAUGCAAUGUGAGCAGAAAUGCUUCUCACCCCCAGCAAGCCCUCCUGGGGUCCUUGUCAGUGCUCUGGGGCAGCAGGGAGGUGAGCAGCGUGCACCAGAAAGCGUGCAUUUGUUUGUAUACCCUCCACACCGUUUUUAAGUUCCUCCGAGUUCUCAUGAGCACAUCCGUGCCAUCCAGAUUUUAGAGGGUAGACUUGGUUCUUCCUGUGCGCUCUGUCUUUGGAGAGACACUAAGCCUCAUGUUCCAAUUUAAAUGGCCCCACACACAUGUAUGCAAGGAGCGCUGGAUAAUGAAGUGCGUAUCUGUAGGCCUGUUCUCGGGUUGUGUCCGGAUAUCUCAUGACUCCUUGUAUAAGGGCUUCCUCCACAGCCCAUUUCAAAAAUCUAUACUUUGCUCUUCCCCCAGCCCCGCACUUUGAGUGACCCCAGGGCCUGGUGCUGCUGUCUCAUGAACCUUGUCCAUGGUGACAUUGGUCCACAGUCCAUUUCCUUUCUGCCCGUGAAUUAUGUUCAAGUGAUGUGGACAACAUGGAUGUAAUUAAAGGAAAGUCUCAAGUGAGCUAUGGUUGCGAAUUCUUGGGAAACAGAGACAAGAAGAUUAGAACCUCAGUCAGUCUCUGUUACAUAGCAAGUUCUAGGUCAGCCUGGGCUACCGGAGACCCUGUCUCACAAAACAAAACCAAAAGCUAAGAAAAGUAAAAUUUCAAAAAAUAGCUACCCACAAUCGCCCAGUUCAGUGUCCGUUCUGUUUGUUUUGUGUUUUACUUUAUCCUAGUGAAACAACUUGAAAUCUGGUUGCUUGCUGUCUAAAAGAGGACUCUUUGCCCUCUUUGCUAUCUAAAAAUUCGAGCUAUAAAAUCCACGGGGAGCUGGAUGCCUGCAGCACACACCCUGGCAGUGUGAUGGUUGCCUCUGGCUGCCCGCAUCCCAGGCCCCCUCACGGUUAGGUGAACACGUGUUCCAUUUCACACCCUCCUGCCCAGGCGCUGUGCUCAUGUUCUGUAUGAACUUCGUGGUAUAGGUUUGUUAGUGUGUCAGGGGCUACAGACAGCAAUCAAAGACAUCGUGCUAUUUAAUCUUUUCUAUGUGUGAUGCUUACGGCAUGAAGACUUUUGUAUUGAGAAUCAAGAUUUGUAUAUUUGACAAGCGCUAAAAUGCCAUAGUGAUUGUUCUUCAGCCACCACUGAGAAAAUUGAAAGUUAAUUUUUUAAUUUACAGAAAAGUUCUCUUUUUAUCUUCAGAUUUGUCUCAUGGUCUAUUUAUACAUUGGAUGAUAUUUAUUUAAUCCAGUUUUGUAUUAGAAAUGGAUAGCUAUGCCAAAAGCCACUGCGCUGGCUUUUAAAAACAAUAAAACAAUAGUUUUUGUAUUA